AUGUUUCACCUCUCACACGAUCGCCCUGAUACCAAGAGCACAAAAUUCGCCUCUCACACCAAAUUGCCAACCUUGCCACCCGGUAGCGAUAUCAGAGACCUAGAGGUAGAGGUCUUGGACAAACCGAGUAUGGACAGGCCGUUCUCGAAGAUAUUCACUACUGAGGGGCAGAGGCCUCCCUCAUGGAUGGACCCAUUCAGCGACUACUUGUCAAAGGGUAUUGAACCAAUGGAUAAGACAAUCGCCACCAGGCUACGCAGGAGGGUGACACUAUAUACCCUCCGAGAUGACAAACUAUACAGAAAAGGCAAAAUUUUCCCCCUCUUGAAAUGCAUCUCCCUUGAGGAAGGACAACGAGUAUUACUAUUGCUGCAUAGCGGAGUCUAUGGCAACCACUUGGGAGCCAGGAACUUGGCCUUCAAAACACUUCGCACAGGGUACUACUCGCCCACAAUCGAACACAACGCAUAA